AUGAAACUGGUACAGAAUUUCAAGAAAGCAAUUAACAUCCUCAGAUUCCUUCUUAGCACACACAGCAACAUUGGUUUCAUAUUGUUCAUCAUUGGAGUUGAAUUGGUCUACGUGUUCGUAGGCAGAAUACUCGAGAAUGUUCGAGAUGAAUUUCUAUCAAAAAAGACAGAAAGAUGGUUUGUAUAUUUUAUAAUGCCAUUGGCCUGUAACGAGGCCAUGUUGAUUCUGAUUGAGCUGAUUGUUGAGUUGUUCAUCCACAGCAUCAGAAACAGUGUUUACAGGGAGAUCAUAAAAUGUAUAAUUUAUUCGGAUAAAAACGAGAACAUCCACCAUUUCAGAGUCCAAUCGAAUGCUACGCUCGAAUUCAUUCGAAACAGAUUCAAAAUAGGCAUACUAAUGGGACAGUACGUGAGCAUAUUCAGACUAAUCAGACACAAAUGGAUAUUUGGAGCACUUUUGGGCGUAUAUUGGUGCAUAAGUGUCCUAUUCGUUUUAUGUAGAGUCCAUUUCAGAAAGAAGAAGGUGGAAGCAAAUGCGAGUCAAGUUCAACACCUGCAGGAGGCAUUGAGACUCAGAAACAUCCUGACAAUUCACAAUUCAAGGGAAUUCAUCUCCAAAAAGUAUCUCGAUUUGCCUGAAUACGAUCAUCAACUUAUUCUUGUGACUGAAUUCCACACUCUUUUCAACAGAUUAAUGAUUUAUUCUGCUGAAAUAUUAAGGGCAUUUAGAAGAAUGAAUAUUGAUCAGAAUACUGCAACAAUUGAUACAAUAUGCGACAACGUGGGAUUCUUCAUCUGUUGUGGAAUACUGGGAACAGUUGUUAGUGAUGCAGUAAGUGAUUUCAGACUCAUUCCAACUGAAUUCAAUAGCAAAAGUCGUCUAUCAAAUCAGGUCAAAUCAGCCAAAAUUGACGUAGAUGAACAGUACAACAAUGAGGUGGCAGUGCUAUCAACUGAGACACUUCUAAAUGACAAAUCAAUAGCGUACAAUUUGAACAACAAUGGAAACGUCUCUUGUAAGAAGCAGUUCAGAAAGCAGCUCGCUACUCACGGAUUUUCUGGCCUAUUUUGUGAAAUUCUAGGCCUGAAAUCAAUUGAUGAAAUAUACAGGAUGAAACCAGAGCGACUGAGUUACGGCCAGAGAAAGACAGUGGCCAUAUUCAGAACACUCCUAACAAAGGCAAAAGUGUACAUUUUGCAUAGGCCAUUUACGGGAAUAGACCCAAAAUACCACCUGAGACUCACCAAUGUCUUUGAUAACUACAACUCUGUCAUCACUGAGUAG